AUGAUCACCACCGACCAGACCUCCCCAUCUCACACCCAAGCUCUACGCCAGGGCGAAAUCGCUGCGCGUUACGGUCGCAGCACUCCUGGGAGCGGGCGAGGUCGAUUUCCCUUCAAGGCGCUAUGGUUCUCACAAGCUUCGACGGCGUCGGCAUCGGCCUUGGGUUCGGGAUUGGAUGCGGGUUUGGAGUUGGAUGGGGUUUUGGAGGUAUGCCUCUGACUACCUUUGGAAUGGGAAUCGGGGGAGGCUGUGGAGUUGGAUUUGGUCUUGGUUGGGGCUUCGGCACUGCAUUUGGUUGUAAAUAUCGAUCCUCCAAAGUGAGUUUCCAAGGACUCGAAAAUGGUAAUGAGAGAAUCAGAGAUGAAACAUCAGUGCCAGUUUCAUCAAAGCACUCUCAGUAGAUGCAAGUUCAAAGCACCGUCAUGGUCACUUUUAACAUGUAGUUUUGCUUUCUUCAAACUACUUGUUUGCCGUAUUGUUACCAGAUUGCUUACCAUUUGUCUCAUUUUUCGGUGCCUGUAAAAACCUAUUUCCUUAUAGACAAUAAUUCUUAGUUCUAUUCAUGAAAUCAAAUAAUUUUUUAUAUUUAAA